UUCCCCCCCAGAGCUACGGCCACACUGCCAAAUCUUUGUGAAUCAUUGUUUUUCUUUAAAACAAAUAGUAUUCUAGCAAAUAACAGGAUGCAGGAUCAGAGUCCCGAACUCUACGAGGAGGUCAAGCUAUUUCGCAAUGCUCGUGAGCGCGAGAGGUACGAUAACAUGGCCGAUCUGUAUGCGAUUAUUAACACAAUCCAGCAGCUUGAGAAGGCUUACAUACGCGAUUGCAUUACGCCGCAGGAAUACACGGCUGCGUGUUCCAAAUACCUGGUCCAGUACAAGGUAGCUUUCAAGCAGGUGCAGUGCGACGAGUUUCCAUCAGUGGAGACGUUCGUCAAAAAAUUCCGCCUUGACUGCCCUGCAGCAUUGGAGCGUAUCCGCGAGGACCGACCCAUUACCAUACGCGAUGAUAAGGGCAAUACCUCCAAGUGCAUCGCCGAGAUUGUGUCGCUGUUCAUAACCAUCAUGGAUAAGUUGCGCUUGCAGAUUAACACCAUGGACGCCCUGCAACCCGAUGUAAAGGAUCUGGCGGAUAACAUGAACCGAUUGUCUCUGAUCCCGGAGGACUUUGAUGCCAAGCUGAAGGUUGAGAAGUGGCUAGGCAGCCUGAAUGAGAUGCAAGCCUCUGAUGAGCUAAGCGAGGGUCAGGUGCGUCAGUUCCUCUUCGACUUGGAGUCGGCGUAUGCGGACUUCAACAAGCUGCUGCACAGUCAGUAGGGGACAAUUUCUCAUUGUUUACGUGUAUCUUUAAAUAUAAAUAGCUUAUUCCGAAUUAAACAAGUUUUAUAUGUACCUAAAUAAUAGUUUUUCUUACUAUUUUUUAAAGUUAAUGAUGAAAUCGUUUGUCAUCCUUACUUUAAUCAAAUAAAGAUUAAUGAAAUUAA